CUUACCACGUUUGAUCGAUAACCGAACCGGAAGGAAUCACUCUAGCAACCGGGUAGUCUGUUUAUCACUGACGCCAGUUUGUGUCAUUGCCACUGUGAAAGCGGAAAUCGGUUUAAAACCUGUUGUGAAAUCAUGAAUCCUGAGGAACAUCCAACUUCCAACUUCAGCGUACAGGCUGAUGAGUUCAAUGCCUCGAUCGUCGAUCAAUCGGGGGUUCUGGAGAAGGAUCAUCCGUUGCUGGAUAGAUUCCAAUCUGCACUCAAGGCUCAUUUGCUCCGAGUGAAGGACCAACUGGAGGAGGAAAUUGCUGAGUUGGAUCACCGUCUGGAGCGAAAUGAGAAAGAGUCUGAAGAGGUAGGAUCCCGGCUGUACGAUCUGCAGGAGGAGAUCGAUAACCAAAAGGAACUACUGGAUAUCUACAACAAGGAAAUCAUGGAAGUGUCGGGAAGAAGACAAGUUGCCGAACAAGCGGCAGCGGAGUACAAGAAAGAGCAUGAUGAUGAAAAUCGCAAGUUUAAGGAGUUUAAGAAGAUCUACAACGAGCACCUGCAGGAGUUGGACAAUUUGGCGGCUCUUGAGGGUGAAUUCUCCAAGUGGGACAAGGAGAUAAAGGAUGAGAUCGCACUUGCCAAGAGGGUUACCAGUAAGGAUGCGAAGGAUCAACUUGCUGCGGCGGAGGAGAAGCGUAAAAAGGACUUGUUGGUGUUCAAUUUGGACGCGGAAGUUCGCAGGAAGGAACAGGAGUUGGAAGGCAUUGAGGAGCAGAUCAAAGAGCAGGAAAGUGCCACGGAACUUAUAAAUAGGAGUUUGGCGGAUGCCAAUUCCGACUUGGAAGGGUUGCAGCAUGAACACAAGAGACUGUUUCAAUCUUGGGGAGAGGUCAUAGUGGCCAUCCAGCAAAGGGACAGGGUUUUAUCCAAAACAAAAGAUGAUUUAGAGGGUGUUUACGAAGAGCAUAAAGUAAUCAAGAGUAAGACUGACAUCACAAAAAAGUCCGCUGCAAAGGAGAUGGAACAAAACGAAAAACUAUCAGGAUUCAAAUCCAGGAUCCAAGGAGAUAUUCACGUGCUGGAGAAACAAGUUAACAAAGAACAAGAGGAAGAGGAUAAGCUGUCACGUGAGUUGGAUCAUUACGCGCUGAUUUUGGAGCAAACCGAGGCGGACAUGCUGAAGGCUCAACAGGAGGGUCUGUUGAUCGAGAACCACUUGAAAUCGUUGCGUCAAACGCUAAACAGGCAGCAUCAGAAAAAGUUUGAGCUGGAGGAGCAAAUUCUGGAGCUUUUGCAGGAUCAGCUCACUACUGAUAAGGCCGGGGAAGCUCAAGGAAAGACACUGAGAGAAGCACAGGAUAAACGACGGGAGCUGGAGAUAGCAAUGUCCGAUACGGAGAAUCAGUUGUCGAUUGUUCUGCUGGAUCUGGAAAAGUGGCGUGGAGUUGUUGAAAGAUCCAAAGGAGAAGUGCAGAAGAUAAAGACUGAGCACGAUUCAUUGGAUGCUGAAGCUAUGAAAUACGAUGAGGAGAUAAAGGUGAUCAAAGAGAUCAUUUCCGCAAAAUUACGCCGGUUGGAUGGACUGAAUCGUCAAUUGGAGCAGUUGAUCACACUGGCUGGAGGUCAAGAGCUGAACCCGGAUGAGCUGAAGCUGCUGGACGUGCAACAUGACAUAAUGGAGCUGGAUACGAAGAUAAAGGAGGCUCAGGAGACUUGGAUAAAGCUCCAGAACAGCGUCGUAAGUCUCUCGGAGAAGCGUGUUCAACAGUUGAAUGAGAUCAACUAUUCCAGGAAGAAGCUUCUGCUGGUUGAACAGAAAGCCAUCAAGAUCGAAGCUCGACUGGAGGAAGUCGUCAACGAGAACCGUGAAAUUGUACGCUCGCUGUCGGCUCUCAAUUCCCGACUGGACGCUGUCAGCCUGGAGCUGUUCAAGACUAAGAAAGUGCACCAGAAGGAAGAGAUGGAAUGUGAGAUAUCUCACCAGCAGACAACGGACCGUUUAAAGGAUGCCGAGAUGUCCAUCCUCAACCUGGAGCAAGAUUUGAAUGAUCUAGGUAAAGAAAUCGAAGAGUGCAAGCAGGAGGUGCUGGAGAAGCAUCGGGAAGCUCUUUCUUGGGAGACUAAGUACAAAAUGUCCGCUGAAGCAAAGAAGUUCAAGGAAGAGGAGUCCGCUCAGAAUAGCGAAAUUGGAAUAAUGAAAGCCGAGAUUCAUCGGAUGCAAGUACGUUACGUUCAUCUCAAGCGAAUGCAAGAGAAGCUGGUAACGGACUUGGAGAACACGGUGCAUCACAGAGAGCACAUUUACGAUACGGUAAACGCAAGGGAGAAGGUCUAUGGCAGCAAGUUCAAGUCACGCUCCACCAUGCAGCAUAAGAUCAAUGAGUUGAAAAAUAAGUUGAAGGUUGUUUUCGGGGAGAUAUCGGAUGCGGAGAAGAACUUGAUUGAAAUUGAUACGGCACAAAAACUUCUGCAAGCGGAAAUUGAAAAUAAGAAGCAACAGAUGGAGGAAGAGAGGAUUCAGACUAGCUUGAUAAGGUCUGAGGUGGAACAAGCAACGUUGUUGAAGCAAGACAACUUGGACUACAUCGUUCGCCAUCAGUAUCGUGCCAGACGUUACAGGGCCUUUGCCAGUGCAAUUCAUUUGCCGAAAUUCCGCAAUGAAAUACUGAUUCAAGCAGAUCUUCAACGUCAACGGGAGAUCAAUGAAACGAUUGUCGGAAUCGUUGAAAAUCUUCUCCUGGAUUUUCCCGGCCAAAAAUUCAACCUUACCAAAAUUAUGCAAACGCUGAAGUAAUGUUCUUCAAAUUUUUAAAAA